AUGGAACACGAAGAUGAUUACCACCUCCACCCGGUGAAGAGCAUUAAGCUUUGUUAUGGUCUUCCCCUCUUUCUUUUCCCAGGUUCCGUCAAUGGUUUAAUCUGCUGUUAUCGUUCAUAUAGUUUCACCACCGUCGUUUACAUAGUUAAUCCUGUUUUGGAAGAAUAUAUGAUCCUUCUUAAACUACAAUUGGAGAAUGUAAUAUUUACUUGUGGUUUCGGUGUUUCAGCAGCAGGGGAAUACAAAGUGAUACUUUACAACGGGAGUUUAAGGUUUGUCCAAAAAAAGGGUUACGGGAUUCAAAAUAAUAUUUUGGUUCACACCAUUGGCACUAACCAAUGGAGAGUUUUGGGACCCUGCCCAAUCCCAAUACAGAAAGGUCCUGGAGUAUUUCUAAAUAGUCAUGUGCAUUGGCUUGGUGAUGGCCAAAUUUAUGGUUUCGAUUUGAAUAGAGAGACACUAGAGUUAUUUCCGUCCCCUCCAGGAGAUAACAACGCCGAAUCUAAGGAAAUGUUGGGAGUCCUAAAAGAAAAAGAAAAAAAAAUCCAAGAUGAAAAAGAAGCUCAAGCUCACUAUAAAAUGGCUGCCAUGACAUAUGACGAUUAA